UUUUUUUUUUAUAAGACCGCGCCCCCUUUUUCAUCUGGUUGUUGUUUGUGCGUUAAGUUAUCGAGUAAAAAAGGCCGACUGCUUAAUUUUGCCCAACUCUUUGACUUAAUUAUAGAUAUGGCACAGCCGCCAAUUAACACGGCCAUCGACAGUCUGACGGCCGCCCUCAAGGGUAACAUAAUCCCCAACCAAGAGUACAUCCUGCAGGGUAGUAUUUUGGACGCUUCGGUGGAAGUUUUGCUUCACAGACUGCGAGGUCUCUGCGACAACGUCGAUGCGGCACUUGAGACCUUCCAUGACCACGAAAUGUGCUUCAGCAUUCGUGGUCCCAACAACACACAACCCAUUCAAUUACGUGUUCGGAGAUCUAUUGACCAACCUAUGAUGCCGAUGCAACUGAGAUACAUUGGCCAACCUGAGUUAGGUGAUAAGUCGCAGCCAACUGUUUUGAGGAGCAGCAUUGAUAUCGGAACAUCGAACACAGUUGUGGAAUUUUUGACAGAAUUGGGAUGCAGGAAGGAAUUUGAAUACAUUGCCAAGGGGUACAUGUUUAGAAAAGGACGCAUGAAAAUCACUGUUUUUAAGGUUUUCAAGAUUGAUGAAAUGCGCAAGACUGGAGCGUUGGAGCCGAUGUCGCAAUCGUACCUUGUGGAGCUCAGUGUUUUGGCUCCGAGUGGGCAGAACGCCAUUGCCGAUGACAUGCGAUGUUUUGCUGAACAGCUGCGACCUUUGGUCCAGUUGGAGAAGAUCGACUACAAGAGACUUGCGCAUGGACCUUAACGUUGUAUUAACUAAGAUAAUUAUUUUAAAUAAUAAGGAAAUAUCAUAAGUAUCAAAUAAGGGAUUUAUAUGUUGAAUAAUGGUCUCAAUGAUUUAAUGCAGAUCAUAUUUUAUUUUUUCAACGGCCUCCUCAAUUAAUAUUUUAUUUUUUAACUUCCACAUCGCUUGCUGUUAUGUCUGUUAAAACUUGGUCCAAUUUCUGAACUCGAAUUUAUUUUUAUUCCUGAACAUUAAGUUUGAACAUGUGUUGAUGUACCCAUGUUUAUUUGUAAAGCACUUAUAAGACUAUUAAGGCCUUUACUAAUACAGCACAAAAAAUGGUCCAUGCGGAUAUACAUGAGGAAAUUGCAAUAUUUAACAAAUUUUUGACAACACUGAUAAAAAAAAACAAUUUUCCACUGGGAAAUUGGGAUAUGCAAAUUGAAAGCUUCUAAUACCCACAGAAUUUUUCAAGGAGUUGGAAUGAAAGCACAAUAAGAUGCACUGAUAUGGCCACAAUUACAAUUUUUCAACAAGUUCUCUAAAAUUAAUACCAAGCGGCAUGAACAGCUUGCGAUCUUUUUUUUAAUAGAAACCAAUUCACUCGAAGGAUCACAUUGAGUUGCAAAUCA